AUGAAGACGUCCGAGGAGCCACCGUUAGCUCCCUACUGCCUGUCUGCAGACAAGGCCCCAGCGCCAGCCCGACUCUCGCCUCAGGCUUCCCCGAUGGAUAAAAAUACGGACCCAGAACUGAUGCCACUGACAUCCGAAAGGGAUGAUCCGCCCCCCGUGUCUCUGGAUCCCAUGGUUGGCUCACCUUUGUCCCGGGAGCUGGAGGAGGGGGACCCAGCUUUUCUCUCCACUUCCCUGGACACAGGGUUUUGCGCUCCUAGUGAGUUGAGCCCUGGAAUCAAGGAGCAAGAGCUUUCUGAAAAUGUGAGCCUUCCUGCAGAGGACACGAACAGGCCAGAUUUGGGGCCCGGAGAAGCCAUGGAAAGUGUGUGUGAGGAGCCUGUUCCUGAGGAUGAGGGAUCCAUCACUUGGAGCUACAGCUUCUCCCAGCUACCUCAGUUCCUCAGUGGUUCCUGGUCAGAGUUCAGCACCCAGCCUGAGAACUUCUUGAAAGGCUGUAAGUGGGCCCCUGAUGGUUCCUGCAUCUUGACCAAUAGUGCUGAUAACAUCCUGCGGAUUUAUAACCUACCCCCAGAGAUGUACAAUGAAGGGAAACAGCUGGAAUAUGCAGAAAUGGUCCCCGUCCUUCGGAUGGUGGAAGGCGACACCAUCUAUGAUUACUGCUGGUAUUCUCUGAUGUCUUCAAACCAGCCAGACACAUCCUACGUGGCCAGCAGCAGCCGGGAGAACCCAAUUCACAUCUGGGAUGCAUUCACUGGAGAGCUCCGGGCUUCCUUUCGCGCCUACAACCACCUGGAUGAGCUGACAGCAGCGCACUCACUCUGCUUCUCCCCGGACGGCUCCCAGCUCUUCUGUGGCUUCAACCGGACCGUGCGUGUCUUUUCCACGGCCCGGCCCGGCCGUGACUGUGAGGUCCGAGCCACGUUUGCAAAAAAGCAGGGCCAGAGCGGCAUCAUCUCCUGCAUAGCCUUCAACCCGGCCCAGCCCCUCUAUGCCUGUGGGUCCUAUGGCUGCUCCCUGGGCCUGUAUGCCUCGGACGAUGGCUCCCUUCUCGCCUUGCUGGGAGGGCACCGAGGGGGCAUCACCCACCUCUGCUUUCACCCGGAUGGCAACCGCUUCUUCUCAGGAGCCCGCAAGGAUGCUGAGCUUCUGUGCUGGGACCUCCGGCAGCCUGGUCAUCCACUGUGGUCCCUGAGUCGUGAGGUGACCACCAACCAGCGCAUCUACUUUGACCUGGACCCGACCGGGCAGUUCCUGGUGAGUGGCAGCACGAGCGGGGCUGUCUCUGUGUGGGACACUGGCGAGGCCGGGCACGAGAGGAAACCGGAGCCUGUGCUGAGCUUUCUGCCUCAGAAGGACUGCACCAAUGGAGUGAGCCUGCACCCUAGCCUGCCUCUGCUGGCCACGGCCUCUGGUCAGCGUGUGUUUCCGGAGCCCACGGACAGUGGGGACGAGGGGGAGCAGGAGGUGGACCUUCCCCUGCUCUCCAUGCGCCACGUCCACCUUGAGUGUCAGCUUCAGCUCUGGUGGUGUGGGGGGGGCCCAGACCCCAGUCUCCCUGAUGCUCAGCAGGGGGAGAAGGAACAGGGGGGGACAAACAGUGGUGGGGAUGAGUUUCUAUAA